CCCCUGGUCCGAUCGCAGAGAGUCACAGACUGACACCCCGACUGAAACUCAAGUAGAAAAAAAAUUGCAGACGAUCUUGCGUCAGUCCUCACCGAAGGAUUUUGUAUUGUUUUGUGAUAAUUUUUAUUUCUUAUCAGUACUCUCGUGAUAAGAUUAGUUAUUUUGUUCUGUAGACUGAACAUACCAAUACGGCUGUGUUAUAAAUUUGUGAAAUCGAUCAAGCAGUAUGGACACAGCUCGCACAAGAGGCGAUGGAAUGGAAAAUGAAGCAAUAAAUGUUGCGGCAUCAUCAUCAGUGCAAUACCAGCAACGGAAGUCUUCCGAUACUAACGGCGGUGUUUUCGCUGGCAACAGCGGCGAGAUAAAGCUGCCCACCGAUUUGGAGUUGCAACGCCUGCUACCUCAUUCCGGCUCGAACCCGAUUUACCGUCCCACAGAACUGGUUGCCGUGGGCAACGCCUCGCUUCCUCCGACUGUGCCAAAGGGCAAAAUUUUCAAUCUAGUUCCCAAGUUGGUGCCUCGCAGCAGAGCCUACUGCGACAAAAACAGCAGCAGCAAUCUGAAGAGCCGGGAGCCAAAAUUCGUGCCAUUUGAACCGUACAAGGGAGCGGUUAAUCCGAUAAUUCCAUUCAAGAAUAACGAGAACCGAGUCAAGAUCAGCGAUAGGAACAAUCUGGACUUGAACGUGCUGGUGUCGCAAAUGUCCACCAUCACGAGCAAGGAACUGGGAGGGAUGGAAGCGGCCAAAAUACAGGAAUUCGACGCGGAAAAGCAAAAGUAUCAGAAGGAAAUCGACGAAUUAAAGAAGGAACGAGACUACUUCCAGGGCCAGCUUAAAUUUCAGGCACAAGUAAACUCGGAACUGAAAAAUUUGCUGGUGGCUGCCGUCGGGGAAGAUCUGCAGACCAAGGUAAACGUUCUAACCGAGGAUAAGCUCCAUUUGGCCCGAAAGCUGCUAAAUUCAGCGGAGAAUCUGUCCUCCCACACUGAACAAAUCGAGUUCCUCGCCGGCCAGAGCGAAGUGUGGCGCAGCAAGUUCCUGGCCAGCAGCCUGAUGGUAGAGGAACUUGCCCGCUGGAAGACCAGUCUCUUGCAGAAGAACCGUAUGCUGCUUGCCUCGAACAAGGAAAUGCUAGAAACGACUUCCAAGCUGCGCGAAAUGCAGCUCGACAUCCUGCGUAAUCUCAAGUUCCUAUCCAACCGGAAGGACAUUUCGCUCCCGUCGGCCAACGUAUUGGAUCUAACCGCCGAAAGUGUCAACCUUUCCGAACAGCUCGUCUUGGCCCAUUCGGCACUGGGAAUGCCGGAGCCACUGGAACUGACCGGGCUGGACACUAUGUGCCCGGCGGAAAAGCUAGCGGUUCAAGCGCUGCAGCAUUCGAACGAACCGUUGAUGAACACGGAUGAAGCAUUCAGGGCCAUCGUGGGGCAGGCAUUCCCUUCGAUCAAUACCAUGAAGCACCACCAGGCGGCGACAAUGGCGGAAUCACACGGCACUGCGGACUUUGUCGUGGUAGAAAAUCCAGCCGUUGAAACAACGCCACACGUGGAGCAGUAGGAUCGAGGUAGGCGUUUUUUAUUGUUUUGUAGUUUGCUCGUUUUGGGAUGAAUAAGGGGAUGUAAAAAGCAUUUUUGAGUCAGCAAUCAAAAUCCACUGCUAUUAAGGCAUAUAAACUUCGGAUGCAAUCUGUUUUAAACAUAGGUUAGCUCUAUAAAAUUAGUCAUAUAAGUUUUAUCGUAUUAUCUACGUGAGAAGAACGUGAGAGUGUACAUUCU